AAGAAAAAUUAUUGGUUAGUGAUAUGGUGAAACAUGUUCAGUCUAGUAUUAGAUUGCAACAUGAAUGGGCGUCAUGAGUGCCAUAUCAGAGGUUUGUCUAAAGAGGAUUUAUUGGCAGUUAUACGAACAAGCAAAUUCAAUGAGAUAGCGGAUGUAAUUGAGACAUUCAAUAUUUGUGGUAGUGAUUUACUCGAUAUGAAAGAGUAUGAUGCUUUGCGCAAAGUUGGACACGCAAAUCGCAAACUGUUUGUAGAACUUUUGAAUUGUGUCCAACAAACUCCCCAAAUUUUGUUUCCUCUUAAACCAACAUUGAAACCAAGAGUAUCUUUUAUUUCGAGACAAGUUUCAUCGCCGAAAGAGACUAGUAAAGUAAUUACCAAUGAAUUGAAUGGAAUGUUUGCACAAUUAAACACUUCUGACGUGUUUAAAUCUGGCAAAAAUGUUAAAGAAGAUCCAUCCUUUAUGACGAAACAAAUUUUAUCGCCUACAGAAACUUCUAAAGGAAUGACCAACCCAUUGAAUGGAAUGUCGGCACAAUUAAGUAGCCCUGAAGUACUUAAACCUGUUACAAAGAUUGAAGAAGAACAAAGAACACCUGAACAUAAUGCCAAACCUAUAAAAAUUACAGAAACUGAGAUUAAAGAUGUUAGAUUACUACCAGAAGUUGAUUUAGAUCAAAUAAAAAAUUCCGUAAUGAAGAUGUUGCCCAAUAUACUCAGUAGAAAUAAAAGUUUUAAAAAGCCGCCACCACCUACUUCUCCAAAACCAACGAAGCAAAGAAAUAAUAAUAAACUUCAAGAAACUACUGCAGCAGUUGUUGAAACAGUAGAUUCAAAGAAAGAACCAACAGGAACACAUCAAAAUACUAAUGGUUUUAAAUUUGCUUUCUCUCAAAAGGAAUUGAUUGAAUUAGAUUCUAAUCCAAAAACACUUUCGUUCGAUGAUCAUAAUUCGGAUCAAUUUUACAAAAUACCAAAGUCGUUUUCACCAAGAAUUGAGCGAAAAUUAGUCAACAAUAACAUCUCGGAAAAAGACGACGAUAAUAUUCCCAAAACACUUUGGUUCGAUGGAGAUAAUUCGGAUCAAUUUUACAAAAUACCAAAAUCUUUUCCACCAAAAAUGGAACGAGAAUUAAUCAACAAUAAUAUCCUGGCGAAAAAUGACGAUAUUGUUCCAGAAACACUUUCGUCCGAUGAUCAUAAUUCGGAGCUAUUUUACAAAAUACCAAAGUCUUUUCCGGCGAAAAUGGAACGAGAAUCAAACAUGAAUAAUAUCCCGGGAAAAAGCGACGAUAACGUUUCAAGAACACUUUCGUCUGAGGAAGAUAAUUCGGGACAAUUUUACAAAAUACCAAAAUCAUUUCCACCAAAAAUGGUACAAGAAUUAAUUAACAAUAAUAUUAGGCGGAAAAACGAUGAUAUCGUUGCACUUUCGUCCGAUGAUCACGAUUCGGAGCAAUUUUACAAAAUACCAAAGUCGUUUCCACCAAAAGUCGAACAAGAAGCAAUCUACAAUGAUAUCCCGGAUAUAAACGCCAACAAAGUUAACGAGAAUAUAUACGAGAAUACUCGUCUACCACGUUCAGACGAUGAACCUCCAGAAUUACCGGAGCGUCCAGCCAAUCUGAUAUUUACAGCUAAAAAAAAACAAAUCAAACAAAGACAGCAAUCACCGGAUGACGAAUCAAACAAUCACGAUCACUUAGACAACGAACACUACAGGAGACUUCCAAAACUUUCCAGUCAGCCGCAUAUGCCACUACCUCCUUCACCAGCCGAGUCUCUGCUAGUGCCUCGAGACCCACUUAGAAGUAACCAAUUUUUCAGAGAUUGCACUCGUUCGGAAGCCGUGCAACUACUAGAAACGAAAAGAGUAGGCACGUUUCUCUUGCGACCCAGCUCAAGACCACAGUUUUGGGGUGUACUGGUGCUUAACGGAGAGUUAGGCGUGCAAAAUAUUCCACUUUGCUAUAAUAAUUACACAAACGAGUAUUAUUUUGCUUCAAAAUCCGGGGAUCUACAAGCUACACGUUUUAAUAGUUUUGAUUCAUUGCUUAAUUAUUAUAAAGAUCAUGCUAUUAAUGGCGAAUUGUUGCUAGGGUCAGAGGUCAAUAUAUUAAGUUAAUACAAUAAAACUGGCGAUAAAAAGUCAUUUACACCAGGUGAACGAAAUUCCAUGAAAAUUUACUAUUUGCUUAUCUCACUUUGCUCAUAUUUGUACUGAUAUAACUAUGCAUCAUGUGAAACACAACAUGGGCGUGUAUCAGACAUACGUGCAGUUUAAACAAAAUGGCAAUCAGGUACUCGUAUAAAUCGCAGCUUUCUGCAAUGACAUCGGCAGAUUUAGUCAAUCAAAUCAAAGGAACAGAGUUUUCUGAUGUUUGUGAUGUUAUAGAAUUGUUCGAACUCUCCGGUAGCGAUAUAAAGCUGUUAUCUGAAUUAGACUUACAACUGAAAAUUGGACCGCAAUUAGACAAUUUAAAACUUCAGAAGUUCCGGGCGUUUGUUCACGUCGUGAAAACACAGCCACAUAAAUUAAUGUAUUAUAAAGAAUUAAGUACAUGUGCUAACAAAAUGGCUGAAUAUUCUUCUGAUGUACAAUUUAAAGUGCCACCAUCACCUGAUUAUGAAGUACCACCGCAGAUUAGUUAUACUAACCCAUCUUCGGCCAGAACACCUUCAGUUUAUUGUCAACUGCCGAAAGUUGACACCAACGCUCCAUUUUUACCAGAAGAAGUUUGUUAUUUGGAACCAAUUAAGGCGAAAAUACUUGGUAGCACUAUUAUUGAAUCGCAUCGGUUCUAUAGAUGUGUGGAUCGGAAGCAAGGAAAAGAAUUGUUGAAUAACACACCAACUGGAACUUAUCUUCUGAGACCUAGUGGGGAGUCGAGUUUUUUGGCUGUCCUGAUGAUACACGGUAAAUUUAAGACGCAGAACAUUCCGAUUUGGUUUAAUAAGAGUACUGAGCAGUUUUACCUGAAUACAUCGGAAGAUUAUGGCUCGUUGAAGACGUUUCGCACUGUGGAUGAGUUGUUACAGUAUUAUACAGUUAAUGAUAUUAAUGAUGAUAAAUUGUUGAGGAAUAAUGAAGAUAGUUUACCUCCUGUACAAGUUAAAUAAAUGUUGUAAUAUAAGGAAAAAUUGCGAUGGAA